AUGAAUCAACGUCUCUGCAAGCUCGCAUCCAGUCGAUUAGUCACGUUCAGGAUAUUGUUUACCCAACAGCCUCGGACAAUAUCACCACGGCACAAGACCGCCAACAGCGCGACUACCAGAAACGCCAUUCAAGGAAGACCUCAUUUACGCAGGUAUAUGAGGUCUAGACGUGCAGACCGGAAGGGUGGCAAGAGCGUGGAUCCGUGGAAUGGACCGUACAUCGUAACAAAGAGUGUCGGUCAAAGCCUGUACGAAGUCAGACAAACAGACAGUUCUAAGGUCUUGAAGUCGAAGGUUAACGGCACCAACAUGAAGGUAUACAAGUCGAGGAUUUCAGCAUCUAGCACGCCACCAAAACCCCAAGAAAAGACAACAGAAUCCACCGAUGUACAAGUCACACGAUGUGAAGAAAAUCCCAUCUCAUUCGUCCCGACUGAUGCUCCCUGGCGGAAGUUCGCGUGUCAAAAGCUGGACAUUGCGCAACCGAAGGGAAGGUUCCCAAAGCGAUCACCCCCCGGAUCUCUAGAGAAACUACCAGCGAAAAUUGACACGAUAGUAGGGGACGGCAACUGCCUGUUUCGGGCCAUCUCCAAAGAAGUAAGCGGAACUGAAAAGCACCAUAGGACAAUCCGCUCACAAGUCGUUCAAGUUCUCGGUGAUGAACGCUAUAGCAAGCACUUCCAGGGUUACUCUGGCCACCCGGAUAUGACAGCAUACUUGUUGGCGAGUGAUAUGGACAAUAAUGCAGUUUGGGCCACAGACAUUGAGAUUGUUGCAGUGGCUUCCAUGUUAAAUACACCAGUAGUCAUACACACGGAAGAUCGCUAA